AUGGAAGCGAUUUGGCAUUUCCUGGGCUGCACUUCGAUUGACAAAGCCGACCGCACUGACAAGGAUGCAUCGGACAUGCAGCUCAGUGCGUUUGAGUUCCGACACUACCGAACAAGUCUGGAGCAUAAUCAGCAGAAGUUGGUCGAGAGAGUUGUGAACCAAUGGGUUGCAAUGCUGGUGAAGGGCAUCGUGAUCAGGGUCAACGGAUUUGAGGAGAAGACCUUCCUUGACAAGGAUUUGCUGAAUUUGGAACUGAGUGGCGAGCUCUAUCCGUUGGAUGCAUUGUGUCGAAUGACGAUGCGCAAAGAGUCUGACGAUGUAGUCAUGAAUGUCCCAUGGAUCCUAGAUCUUAACUUUGAUUUCGAAGAGGGUGAGGCGGUGUUGUCGUUCAGCUUUGAGCAAGAGCGCCAUCGGCUUCAAUUUGCAUUGAUGCUGCGGAUCUUGCGCACGCGCAAUCCUCGCUUGAAUCUUGCCGGCACGUUUGAAGUCGUGAAUGAAGACGACGAUGAUGAAGACGACCCGGCAGUGUCGAAUUUCAAUAGGAUUGUUGGUUCCACGCGGUUUGAUGUUCAAGGAACGGGCAUCUCGGUCAUCAUCAGUGUGGGCUCAUUGAACAUACACCAGCAUCUUCGAUGCAACAAUCGGCACGUCUACUUGGAGUUGUUCUCUGACUACCCGCGAAGGGACAAGUUUCUCUAUGCGAAGUCAAGCUACAACAAUCUUCCGGGAGCCGUUUUGCUGGGAGAGAAUGACAUGAAGAACGGUCGGAAGGAGACGGACAACGCUGAUCAAGCCGACGGCCGGAAGGGUAACAAGUCGGAUCAGCAUCUUUGUACUAUCAACUUUGACUUGAAAAAUGUGAAGCUGAAGAUUCCCAAAGUUCCAUUUACGGUACAUGGCCGCCUGAUGGUGAAGGACGACUUCUUUCCUUCAGUUGUGGCGACGUUUGAGCUUCCGAUCUCGAAGGCUCAUUUACAGGACCUGCGGGAGUCCGCAGAAAAGCAGGCAAAACAGCCAGAAGCUGUGGAAGUGCCUUUGCUUCGAAGUUCGAAACAUUCGGAUGGGCCGCAAGAGAUUGCGAGCUUACAGGUGCGUUUUCUAGGCUUCGUGACUGAAGAAAACACCAGAAAGAAGCAGACAACCAACAGCAAAGGCAACAACGAAGCAUCAAGAGAAGAUUCUUCCAGUGAAGAGGAGGACGACGACGAGGAGGGUGAAGAAGAGGAGGAAGAGGAGGAAGAGGACGACGAGGAAGAGGACGACGAGGAAGCCGAGAGCGGGGAGAGAGGCAGUGGGUACCAAGAAAGCUCCAAUGCAGGCAGUCAGCAGUCCAGUGCUACAACGUCAACUAGGCAGUUCACGAGACAGAUCGAGACAGUCGUGUCUUGCAAACAGCUCCGGGGUCAGUGUAACAGCACAAAGAUAACUUGCGGCUUGAGCAUUGGAGUUGUUAUGGGUGCACGACCUUCGGGCGCACGUCUCGGAAGCACCGAAGGUCCCAGUCCAACUGAGGACGAUUCAAACGUGGUCCUGGAGGUUGUAAACAACUCCGGAUUGAGGUUGCACAGAUCUCACGUCGACCCUGUGGAGUUUGCACUCUCGCUACCUGAAGUUCUGUCUUCAACACAUACUCUGAUCCUUCAAGAUGUUGGGCAGCAGGAGGUCUUCAUCAACUACACGAGCUGCCAACCUGUUCCAAGUUCGCAGGACGGCAUCCUGCGCAAUCCUCACUUGACAGAGAAGUGCAUCGCCGCCCCGGUGGUCCUUUCAAUCUAUAUCGCAAUUGCAGAUGGUGGACUGCGAGCGUUUGUACUCGGGGGUGCCCACCGUGUGGACAUCGCUGCGACUUUCAAGCGAUUGCCAGAGCAUGCUGACGAGUUGCGAAAGUUGGCGAACCGACAGGGUUCAUUGGGAUUCUGCUCUUGGGAACAACGGCUUUCUCCAAGGAGUGCAGUGCUGGCUCUUGCAGAACCAGUGCCGGGCAUAUCGCAGCAGCGAGCCGCACUUUUAGAUGCUCUUCAAGGAGCCCGGGCAGGGGCCGCUGGGGCCGGCGCCGGAUACGAAAGUCAGCUGAGGAACCAAGUCGGUUCCACAACUCUGCAGUCGGACAUGCGGGAACCCGCAGCACAACAAGCUGCAAAGAGUACAUUGACAGAACCCGGCGAUUCGAAGGUCUCCUCAAACCUGUGUUGCCGUUCAAAUGGGCCGCCAGUCCUUGCCACUCGGAUUGACUCUAGCGGCGACACAGCACAGGCAGAUGGCCAAGAGCGGACUUCAAACCAGAUGGCUCCAGUUCAGAAGGCCUCCACAGUGGAAGGCAAGCCUUCGGAAGAAUCCUCAAGUGCCUCCUUGGCGCCAACUGGACUUCAGCCCAGCAGCGCUCGCGUGCCCGAGUGUGACAACGAGUUUCAUGCAGCAGAAGCUGGCCGAGCUGUCACUGCCGCAGCCCAAAAGGAUGCCGGCAGGUCCCGAACCGGUGCGCUGGCUUUACAAGUGCAGCAGGCAAUGAAGGAGAGGCAGGAGAAGGAGGAAGAAGAAAGACGUUUGCAGAGGGAAGAGGAACAACUGAAGGCGAACUGUUCCGCGGUCAUCGCAACGCAAGACAGCGAAUAUCAAAGGAGCCUUUUGCAUGAUCAAGUCCGAGAUCUACAGAAGGAGCAGACAAAGCUGCAAGAGUCGGAAAAGUCCUUGUCCACAGCUUGGACCACAAUGGCGCAACGUCGCCAAAAUGCCGAAAUUCGUAUAUCCAGGUAUGGUGAAAAUCCACGAAUCCGUGCAGAAGCUGACAAAGCUGCGGAGCAAGAAGGGUCCUUGCUCUCGGAGCUGACAGAAGUGUCACAGCGCGAGUCUUCUCAGCACAGCUCCUCCAUGCCAACGGUCAGCUGGGAGCUGCUGUCGUCAGCACAAGUCUGCGAAGAGGAUCCGCCUUUGCCUGGGGGUGAAGAUGACCCGCGGGACCAGAAAACUGUUGAGGUGACAGAGGAUGCCUGGAGCGUGGUGUGUUCCGAGCGCAUAGACACGUCGGGCUGUGUGCAAUCAUCGUCACGGCUGGCCUCUUCGCACCAUGAUCCCAGCAAGGAGGUGCGUCUCGAUUGCCUGCCCGAGCUUCAGCCGAACGCACAGCCAUGUCACCUGCAUCGCCGUCACCGGCCAAGCUGCAAGCGUUGUGCUGCAUUUCGUGGGCUUCCUGUUGGUAUUGCCGGCACUUCUCCUUCACCUUCGGCGAGCAGAGAGGUCGCUGCGCUUGACAGGGAGUGCUCGUCCGACACGUGCCUGGCACCGGAAGGCUUCAGCUCAAAACUACAGAGCCAAGUGCUGCAGUCCGCAUAUUUCCGCUACGUCUUGUUGUGCGUCAACGAUGUUGAGUCAUUAGUGGACGAGCUGCAAAAUCACGCCGAUCACGCUGAGCCGUACACGCCUCAUUCGCAGAAUGAUCCGUCUACGCUCUUCUGCUGCAUUUAUCGCUUGUCGCAGCUACAGCCGUCCGAAGAACAGGUGCAGCAACUUGUGGGCUUCAAAGGGUCAGUCAUGGUGCGUGCUGCUGGCAUGCUGCACAUUCGUUUCAGCUGGCCGGCUGGAGAUGCCUGGACUUGGCUUCGAAGAUUUCUCUUCGACAGGGAGUUCUUCAGGCCUGGCUGCUCCGCAUCUGCAACAGUCACAAUGGGCGACUGGGUGGAAAGCCUUCUGCGACAUGAGAAGUAUUACGACAUUGUGCUCCCAAGAUUGCCGGUGAGCCUCAAGCGAGAGAUCGCCAUGGAGCUUGUGCAGUUGCCAGAGCUGCGCGAGGCUCAAAACAAAAAUCCUCGACAUGACCACUUGCGGCGUGUCGGGGCGCACGUUGAUGUUCUGAAUGGACGGACUUGGUCUUCUGCAGCAGUGUCGACAAGUAGCAUCGUCGGACGAUCUCUGCUCGUGAGUGUGCAAAUGGACGAUGGCUCCGUACAGGAGGUGCCCUGUGGCUUGCUUCGGCCAGCUCAGCAAGCCAAGAAGCGGUCCAGGUCUCCCAGGUUUCAACAUUCUACGGACAAACUCUGUGAAGAAUUCCUGCGACGCGAUCGUGCGAAGGCUGUAACGGAUGCUAAGCAUGGUUAUUUCAAGCCCAUCCCGAAGUUCAAAAAGAUGCUGAUGACGAAAGACAAGUGCUUGAGGCACUCGGCCCCGGAUGAACCAUUGCCUCUUUUGGUGCGGAGUGCCAAAGAGGACCUGGUGCAGCCAGCACAAGUGGAUCAUGCUGUUCCAGAGGAGAGGCGUUCACAGCUCAUGCAAGUCGUGCGCAAGUAUGCAUCUGGGGGCACUUCGCGAUCGCUUUUGGAUCGCCAGGACCGACUUGAGUAUCAUGACUGGAGCACGGCUGCAAGUUCUGCCGCAGAAGUUUUGGUGCCUGAGACAUUGAGGCUAGGCUAG